AUGCUGGCCCUCCCCUCGGAGCUGUUGCUGCUCUGGCAUGAGCAUCGCAUCGAGCUGCUCCUCUCCGCCGGUUUCUUCCUGGCGUGUGUUCGAGUCGCGAUCCAUCGGCGCCAAAGGCCAGCGAAACCCGAACUCUCAUCCCCUUCUCCACUCGUCGUUGACAUCAAGGCGCCUCAGACCGUCAAAGAUGUGCUGGAGAAGCCAGUCGAACCAUCCCCGCGCCUCUCUACGACUAGUGCAGCCCUCAAGCCAAGUUCUGGUCCGAGACGAGUCAAAGGCGUGAGGAAGACCAAGGCCUCGAGUCCGGAGGGAAGGCAGAGUGCUGCAUUUGACACCAUUGAACCGCACAUCUUCUACUUCUCCCUCUCCGGAUCUACCAAGUCUUUCGCCCAACAUCUGCACCAAUCCCUUCUCCAAUCAUCUGAUGAUCUCCUCCUUCCCGCGGUCCUGCACGACUUGACCGACAUCGAUUACGACGAUUUCUUCAUUGCCCCACCCAAAACACCCCACCCUCGAGCCGCGCCCUUCUACCUCCUUCUCUUACCGACCUACGACAUUUCCACGGAGCUCGACAAUUUCCUCUCGAACUUACAGGAAACUCAUCAUGACUUUCGCAUCGAUACGCACCCACUUUCUGGUCUAGCCGGAUACUCAGUGUUUGGGUUCGGCGACAAACAUGAAUGGCCAUCGGAAGAUGCAGGCUUCUGCACGCAGGCGGUGCAAGUGGACAAAUGGAUGGCGAGGUUGACAGGAGGAAAGCGAGCCUUUCCACUCGGCACCGCAGACGUCAAGAGUGGUGCGGAGACAAGCUUUGAGGAGUGGAGCGUUGGAUUGAAUACCGCUUUUACCGACGUUGCCGCUGCUAAGGGCUUAGGACUCGGCGUGGAAGGGAGUGGCGAUGCUGUCGAAAGCGGAUCUGAAGACGAUGAUGACGAUGCUGGCAUCAAGCCUCCACGGACAGGCGACCUCGAAGACCUCAAGGCGCCCGUCCCGAUUGACUUUACCACCGCAAAGGCCAUUGUGAAGCCAAUGGUCCCCACUACUUCACCAACUUAUGCGGCGCUGACGAAACAAGGGUACACCAUCGUGGGCACCCACUCAGGUGUCAAGAUCUGUCGGUGGACCAAGAGCGCCCUCAGAGGUCGAGGUUCCUGCUACAAAUAUAGCUUCUACGGCAUCCAGUCACAUCUUUGUAUGGAAGCCACUCCUUCCCUCUCCUGCAGCAACAAAUGCGUCUUCUGCUGGCGCCAUGGCACCAACCCCGUCUCGACUACAUGGAAAUGGACCGUGGACCCGCCCGAUGAAAUCUUUGUCGGCCUCAAAGAAGGCCAUUACAAAAAGAUCAAGAUGAUGAAAGGCGUUCCAGGCGUGCGUGCGGAACGAUUCCAGGAAGCGAUGACGAUCCGUCAUUGCGCCCUGUCUCUGGUAGGAGAGCCCAUCUUCUACCCGCACAUCAACGAAUUACUUGCAAUGCUUCACAAAGAGCACGUCAGCACUUUCCUCGUCUGCAAUGCGCAACACCCCGAUCAGCUAGCUGCCCUGGGACCGGUGACUCAACUCUACGUCUCCAUCGACGCUUCAAACAAGGAGAGUCUCAAGAAGAUCGACCGUCCACUUCACCGCGACUUCUGGGAGCGCUUCCUCCGCUGCAUGGACAUUCUCCGCGAGAAGCGCUUCACUCAUCGCACUGUCUUCCGCCUUACUCUGGUCAAGGGGUUCAACAUCGAGGAGGAAGCAGAGGGCUACGCAGAUCUCGUGCAGCGUGCUUUGCCCUCGUUCGUGGAAGUCAAGGGCGUCACCUAUUGUGGUACCUCUACUGCAGCAGGGGCUGGACUUACAAUGCGCAACGUCCCAUUCUACGAAGAAGUCUCCGCCUUUGUGCUGGCUCUUGAAGCUGCCCUCCUCAAACGAGGACUCCAGUACGGCAUUGCUGCCGAACACGCCCACAGUUGCUGCAUCUUACUCGCGGACAAGACGCGAUUCUUCCGAUCUGAUGAAACAGACACCACAGAACGAUGGCAUACUCUCAUCGAUUACCCAAAGUUCUUCAAGUGUCUGGAAAGUGGCGAGCAAUUCAGACCGGAGGACUAUGUUGGUGCUGCCACGCCGGAGUGGGCGCUUUGGGGUAACGGUGGAUUUGACCCGAGAGACGAGAGGGUGGAUCGCAAGGGGAGGAAGAUCGAGGAGAGCAAGGAGUGA